UCUUGUGUUUUAUGUCAUUUUUGUAUUUCAGGAGCUACUGGCAUCAUCAACACCAGAAUAUAAACAUAUACAGUCGCCAGUACAAACUAUUUACUGACUAAUAACUUUAUUCUCACAAUUAGGAUGUUUGUGUUUAAUGAAUAAUAUGUGUAGGGAUGGAUAAUAUUUUUGUGUUUAUACCCCAAAGUUUUUGUUAUAAAUCGACCUAAAACGAAUCUUUACCGUUUUCAGUACCAAUCUUAGUACAACACCAGUAAUUUAUUCGUUUUAAAAUAUAAUCUGAACUUUGGUAUGGAAGCUGUGGUUUUUGUGGUUAAUUUCAGUUUCACCGUGUGUUAUAUAGGUUGGGGAAUAUUUUAAUACAUUUGACAGGUUGAACAUGCCACAGUCUUCCCCCAGUUGGAUCAGCGCCAUCUAUAACUAGUGCGACAUAUACUCUAAGGCAUUGACGCUCAUCUGUGGGAGUUAAUAGUUCCUUUAAUAGUUCCUUUAUAUUACUUUGUGUGGAGUUUGGACACGACUGGACUAAAUGGCUCACAGGAGUAACAGCUGAUCCCGACUCCAGUGUCUUUGUUUAUAUAAUGGAGAGUGUUUACCAUUAUGGGAAAUUUGACAGUUUACCUGAUGAAUUAUUGCUCAAAAUACUAUGCUGUGAUUGUAUUACCAUAUGUGACUUGGGUAGAGCAGCUGCAACUUGCACAAGAUUGAAGAAUAUUGUUGAUACACAAGACCUGUGGCGUCAGAAACUUAAGUAUCACUGGCCUAAGGUAUGGGAUGAACUUCCAAACAAAAAUGAGGUCACUGAUUGGCGUGAAGAAGUGCACCAGUUGUUGUGCUUUUUUCAAGAGACACACAAAUUAGUCUCAAAUCUUAGUCCACGCCUGUACCAAGACUUGCGCCUCACAGCAAAUUUACACCUCACAACACCUGUGUACAAUGAGAUAGAUGCACUUAUCUCAUCUACAUACUAUGCCCCCUUUUAUGUUCUCUGUGCAUUAAGAACAAUUGUGGAAGAUGGAGCUGAGCACCCUCGAGAACCAACAGAACUUGUGCUAUGGGAACAACAGCAACAACAGCCUGUGCAGCCAAGACCUAAUUGGCAGCGUGUGUUGCCAGCACCUGGCUCAUCACGCCACAUCAUAAGAUAUGAAAACAUGACAGAGAAGUACUAUGCACUGAAGGUAAUGAGCCAUGUUAACCAAAGUAUUUGUAAGCAAGAGUGGGAAGAGUUCAUGUCAUGUCCACCAUCUCACCAGUCAUUAGAGAUGGGUGCGAUGCUGAUGGCCAGAUGGUUCCAGCCACACAUAUCAGAUGUUAGCAUCAAGCAGAUGACAAAUAAGAUUGAUAGUAUGGCCAAGGCAUGUCUCAACAUGCUACUUAGUGCUCAUCCAGACCACCCAGCACUCACUACACCAAUGAUUCAUCGUGAUCAACCUCUGGAAGAAUCAAAAUGGUCAACUGAAAGGUGCAGGCAGCUUUUCAAUUGCAUUAUCCAUGUUUUGUUUGUACAGAUGAGAAUGACUGGAAGCAAUGAAGAUUAUUACCAACUCAAAAACUCUCUCUUAAAUGAAGUACUUAAAUCAAAGAAAGGAAUUCCCAUCAUUCUAAGUAUAGUCUACAAGGCUGUGUGUCACCGACUAGGCUUGCUGUUGGAACCUGUUAACUAUCCCUGCUACUUUGUCUUGAGGUGGAAGAUACCAGGAACAGAUGAAUACGAAUACAUAGAUGUAUAUAAUAAAGGCUGGUUCCUCACUAGUGAAGAGCUGCGUGAAGGAAGAGCCGCAGGAGUUGAAAAAGACGAGUCGCUCCUGGCUUCAUGUGAACCAAUGCAAGUGUUUCAGCGGAUGAUUAGAAACAUUAUGAAUGUUGCUCAAAUGCAGAGCCAGAUUUUUGACCUCAUGGAACUCUUUUGUCCUGCAACAGAGCUGAUGUGUCUUCUGAUCCCAACUGAUCGUAAUGUACAAGAACUUCUUCUUAGGAUAUACUACUCAUCGGAGGUUCACUUUGACCGUAUUGUGAUUGGGUGUCGACGUCUGCUGGCUCAAGGUCCGUCUCCUUUACAUGAAGAGAUGCUGUCAGAUUGUGAACAAAUAUUGAAGAAUCAAAAUGAAUCACCAAAACCCAUCAUUCCUAACCAGAGAAACCGAGAAAUUGCUUAUGCCACUGGGCUUGUUAUGCAACACAAGCGAUACCACUACACUUGUGUGAUCUUUGGUUGGGAUAAGGAAUGCAAAAUGCCAGCUGCAUGGGUACGCCGAAUGGGUGUACACAAUCUUCAGUACAAGACAAAGCAGCCAUUUUAUAAUGUUCUUGUCUAUGAUGGGUCACACAGAUAUGCAGCUCAGGAGAAUUUGGAAGUGGCAUCAGAUCCUAACCCUGUGACUCAUCCUGAUAUUGGCAAGUACUUUAAGGAAUUCAGAGAAACGCACUACAUACCUAAUAAUGAACUGCAGCAACAGUAUCCUGAUGAUGAACCAGUGAGAAAUGAAAACUUGAGAGUGAGAAAUUUUUUAUAGAGCUGCCAUGAAGAGACUUUCAAGUGAAUGCCAGUUAUUAUUAUUAUUAUUAUUAUUAU